AUGAAUUUUUUGGAUUUUAACGAUGGGUCAGAUGAAAUAGAUCAUUCAUUAACAAAUACACAAACAACAACAACAACAAAAGUUGUUAAUCAACAAACUAAAGAUUUAUCUGAUUGGAGAAAUAUUCAAUUGGGUACACCACCAACAUUAUUUGAUCGAAUAUGGAUGCCAACAACAAUGAAUUCUUGGGCAACACCUAAUACACCAAUUUAUCCUUCUCCUUAUAAUCAACAAACAACAUCUACAACAUAUCCAUGGACAAAUUCAACUAAUAAUCAAUCAUGGCCAAUAACAACAUAUUCAACAAGUUCAACACUUCCUUUUAUUAAUUUUGAUUCUUCACAACAAAAUUUUAUACCUUCAGAUACGACAAAUGAUGUUAUAGAUUUAACUACAAAUAAUACAGUGAAUUUAUCGACACCGAUUAGGUUUGUUUAA